UUUCCUAUUGCUCUCCAGUUAGGUUUUCUCCGAGAAAUAUUUCUAGUGUUUGAAAGUCGUUGCGUUUCUAAGUUGCAAAUGCGAUGAGUUAUGAUGAAUUAUUAUAAAUAAAAUAAAAAAAACUAAUUACCUUCAAUCUUUUAGUUUGUCAAUUGCUGCCCGUGAUCUUCCAACACUGUACUGAAUAGCCUGAAUGGGUCGCCAUAGACUAUGAUUGAUUGCCAGCGAAUACCCUAGACUAAUGCAAUAAUAAGAAAUUAGAGGGAGCAAUAUCUAAAUCUCAAGCAUUAUGAGACCACCUGCUCUUCACUCCAAUUUUUUCUCAUCUCUCAAACAGGUGGAGAAGAGACUCAAACUAGAGAACCCUUCAGAAGCCUCCACUCUCUAUUCACAACCACCACUGCCACCACAACCACCAGGGGAAACUAGCUAUACUCCAGUUGAAUCUCUGAGCUCCCCUAUAUUCCUUAAUUUUGACCAACCCAACAGCACAAACAACAAUAACAGCUCAUCCCUCCAAGACAGUGAGCCCCCAAGACAAUUCCUUUCAAAUUCCCUUGAUUUCCCACCACUCCAUGAAGACAUACCUCAAGCAGAGAUCAUACACAACCCACAAUUAAUCAACAGAGUUGAAUUCAAUAAUGUUGACGAGAUUGAAUUAUUAAUUCAGCUUUUGGGUUUGUCAGAUUGUGAAGAAGAAGAAGAAGAGCGAAACAAGGUUGAUUUGGAUUUAAAGAAUUGUGGUGAGACCUGUGGUUAUGAAUGUGGAUUCUAUUCAAAGAUGAUUGGAGUUAAGGGGCCCAAAUGUGGAAGGGAGAUGGGGAGGUUGGAGGCAUGGAUUAAGCAUUUUUUGAAUGAUGGUGGAGAGGGAAGGAGAGAGCCUUUGAGAUUGACCCAUUUGCUUUUGGGCAAAGCUGCCUUUCUCUCCGAGUGUGGUGAUGGUUUUGGAAGAUUUGAGUUCCCCUCAACUAUAGCAGAGUUCUUGCAGAAUGAUCCUCCUAAAGAUUAGGCUUCGCUUGGAGAAAAUAUUCAUGAGAACAACCAGCCACUACCCAUGGUGAAUAUCAAACUAUGUGGAAGUCCUCUAUUUUCGCAAGUGGUGAUUUUAUUGUAUUGGCAAUGUUAUGUAUGGAUCACUUUUUGAUUAUUUAUACUAUUGUCAAUUUGCUGAUGGAUGUUAACUUGAUAUUUAAGGAUUUGAUGUUCCCUUUCA